AGUUCCCGCGUGGCCGUUUGACAAAAACAGGCAGCUAAUGUGGAACGCUGUCUCAAUGCGCGUGUUCAGCAGUUGGCUCAUGAAGAAAAUAGACGCGAGACGUCGUUUCAGAUGACUUGAGAGGUGUUUGUUUAACUUUAGAUAUGUGAAAAUGGGGUGGACUUAUCAGCUUUUAAGUGAAUCUGCUUUGUCUGCAGCUUUCUCGCCUGACGAUGACCAUACUGUAUAGAUUAACACGGCAGAAACUCUCUUUCGACUCAAGAUGACCGUGACUUACUCCAGCAAGGUAGCCAAUGCGACGUUCUUCGGGUUUCACAGACUGCUUUUGCGGUGGAGAGGCAGCAUCUAUAAACUGCUGUACCGCGAGUUUCUCGUCUUUGUAGGGCUGUACACCGCGUUGAGUAUCAUCUACAGAUUAUUUCUUUCAGAAAAACAAAAACGUUACUUUGAAAAGGCGUCUCUUUACUGUGAUAAAUAUGCUGAGCAAAUCCCGGUAACGUUUGUGCUGGGUUUCUACGUGACGCUGGUGGUGAACCGCUGGUGGAACCAGUUUGUGAACCUGCCCUGGCCGGACCGGCUCAUGUUCCUGGUCUCGGGCAGUGUGCAGGGCAGGGACGAGCACGGCCGGCUCCUGCGCAGGACCCUGAUGCGCUAUGUCAACCUUACCUCUCUGCUCAUCUUCCGCUCUGUCAGCACGGCUGUCUGCAAGCGCUUCCCUACCAUGGACCACGUGGUCGAAGCAGGGUUCAUGACUCCCGAGGAGAGAAAGAUUUUUGAAAACCUCAAGUCUCCCCAUCUUAAAUACUGGAUCCCGGUGGCGUGGUUUGUGACCCUGGUGAACAAAGCGCGGAAGGAGGGGCGGAUACAGGACAGCGUGGACCUGCAGACCAUCAUGAUCGAAUUGAAUAAGUUUAGAUCGUGGUGUUCUACCCUAUUCGGUUAUGACUGGGUCGGCAUUCCUCUUGUAUACACACAGGUUGUCACUCUAGCAGUGUACACCUUCUUCUUUGCCUGUCUGAUAGGACGUCAGUUCUUGGACUCCAAGCAGGGCUAUGCAGGUCAUGACCUCGACAUGUACAUCCCUGUCUUCACUUUCCUGCAGUUCUUCUUUUAUGCAGGCUGGCUGAAGGUGGCUGAGCAGCUUAUAAACCCCUUUGGAGAAGAUGACGAUGACUUUGAGAUUAACUGGUGCAUAGACAGAAACCUGCAGGUUUCCCUUCUGGCUGUGGAUGAAAUGCACAUGAACGUGCCGAAGAUGCAGAAGGAUAUCUACUGGAACGACUCGGAUGUGUGUCCGCCGUACACUCUAGCAGCGGCCGAUUACUGCAUCCCGUCUUUCCUGGGCUCCACCAUCGACAUGGGACUGUCUCACAACGUGUUCCAGCAGCAGGAGGAUGCUGAGAUGGAGGAGUUGAAGCAGCGGUGUCAGGAAUCAGUCCUGGGCAGAGUGCGGAGGAUACUCAGCGUCCAGGAGCCCCUGGACUCCACCCUGCACAGACCCUCCUUCUAUAGGAGGAGCAGCGAGCUGUCCAGCGUCUUCUUCCCCUUUGGGGACAACAUCCCCCACGCCCGCCGGCCCUUCUUCGUCAUGGAGGAGCUGGGCCACAGAACGCAUCGCUCUGGCUCCCGGGACGGCAACGUGGCGCUGAACGUGGACCACCUGUCCAUGCUGAGAGAGACGAGCAGCCCCGACUCCCCCGCCACGCAUCCCUCCUCCUCGGUGUUCGAGGAAGUCCCCGAAGUCAUCGUCACCCCGCCUGACACAAACACAGACACAAUCGCUGGCUCAUCACCAGGCAACCGGAACGCACACAAAAAUAUGGAGGAGAACACACCCGAGGGUUUGAGGGUGAGAGAGCACGUGAAGAAAUCCUCCUUCAGCCACAGGUGGAGCGUCCCCCUGCUCAAGAAGACAAGGAAGAGCCGGCGGCUCUCCAGUCAGCACUCGAAGGAGUCUCUGCGCAGUCUGCCAAGUCCCAAGCCGCUGGCGGAGAGGAAGCGUCUCUAUGGGGCUGACUAUGAUGCUGCUGCUGAGCCUCUAACAGCUAGGAACGUGAGCCAAGCAGGGCUGCGGGAGACUGAUCUCUUACAGUCAACCAGCGAUGAGAAUAUCGAUCAGACAAGAGAUUAACGGCAUUAAACCACAGUGCUUACUCUGAAUGUGUUUAGGGCCCACUUCAGUAAAAGACCUCACAUUCUUGUCUUUGUAAGUCUCUUCACUUACACAAUAAGAGGCCGUUCAAAAUGAUUCACUUUUUAUGAAAGCCUACACCUGGGAGAUGGGGGGUUUGUGGAGUGUAGGUUUUUGUGUUACUUUUAUAGAGCUUGAAAUAUUCACAUGCCUUCCUGAAACAGAAGUACAGCCACCAGAGAUUUCGCUCUGUGAUAUUUUACUUUUGCUUGAGAAAAGGGAUCCUGUUGGGACACGUUUCAUUCACACAGAGCACAGGGGAGUAAAGAAUGAAAAAGGCACUGGAGAGUCUCAGUGUCUGUGUUUAAAACGUUAUAGUGUGUAUCAUGGACGAUAACUUAAAUGGCACAUGGUAUACAGUCCCACUUACCAUUACAUUAAAGUGUUCAGUUACAGAAAAUUGUGUUUUUAUUUGUUGGGAACCUCUCUGAAAAGCAGAUAGAACCUUGUACUGUAUGGUGGUAUUUGCACGGCUGACAUGUAGAGCAUAAGAAAGAUCACAGGGGUUUACUGUGUAUGACUGGACAGGCAUCAAACGUGGUUCUCAAUGAGUCAACAUCAUGUGUGGUGAGGCUGGGAGCUUAAAACCACACAACAUAACUUUACAAUCUUCAUUAUUAAUCAGCAAGGGCAGGUAGCAAAUAAUGUCCACAUGUACGAUAGCUGUGUUAAACAGCAACUUGGUAUUGAUGUGAAAUAUUAUCGGAAUUCAUGUUUUUUUCUUCUUGUUUAGAUUCACUUUGUAUCGCUUGCUGUUCCUGUCGUCACACCCUGGUGACUUUUUAAAACCACAGUCAUUAAAACUUCAAUGGAGCUCUCAGUAUCCUGUUUAACCUUCAGGUACACUAGGGGCAGAGUA